CUCUUGAUCUCAUUAAUGAUAUCAGAAUUAUCGACACUCAAUUGAGGACUUAAGACGACCCUGAUGUCUCCUCGGCGUCUCAAUUCAAUGAACAUCCAUUGAGUCUUUUACUUCCCUUCAAGCUUGAAUCUGCAACCUGUUUUCGACAUGUCCGCUGGUCCAGCUCCCGACAAUACAGCAAUGCACCGAUCACUGGGCAAAUACGCCAGUGCUCUGAAAGAAUUCGCAUCUUCCCCCUCGAACUUCCGAAUUCUCCAUUCCCUCCCUUCAACCGCACUCCCAACCCCAAAGACGCUCUACGUCCUCGACUCCUCCUUCAAUCCGCCCACCCUCGCACACCUCAGCAUCGCAACCGAGGCCCUUCUCCGCGACACUCAGCCUUCCCCCUCCCCUAAACGACUCCUCCUGCUCCUCUCAACCCAAAAUGCAGAUAAGGCGCCCAGGCCCGCCUCCUUUGACCAGCGCCUGGCAAUGAUGCAAAUCUUUGCGUCCGACAUCCACAGCAACAUCGCCUCCCAAUCGUCAUCCGCAAAAGCGGAGGAGAUCGGCAUCGACAUCGGCGUCACCAAGCUCCCCUACUUCGUUGACAAAGCCGUUGCCAUCUCCGAAAGCGAUGCCUACCCCUCGUCCAUACAACAAGUGCACCUGACAGGUUUUGACACCCUGAUCAGGAUCUUGGAUCCUAAAUACUACCCGCCGGAGAAGAAGCUCUCGAUCCUGGAUCCCUUUUUGGAGAAGCAUAGAUUGAUGGUUACGUACCGGACGGAUGACGAGUGGGGCGCGAAGCAGGUUCAGGAUGAGUACUUGGAUAACCUGGCCAAGGGGAAGAGGGAGCAGGAUGGUGGGAAGAAGGAGUGGGUUACCGAGGGCAGGAUUGUGAUGUGUGCGGGGAAGCAAGAGGGGGAGGAGACAAUUAGCAGUACGAAGGUUAGGGAAGCGGUUAAGAAGGACGAUAGACAGCGGUUGAAGCGGCUCUUGUCUGAUGGGGUUGCUCAGUAUGUUUUGAAGGAGAAGCUGUACUUGGAGACUUGGAACAAGGAUUGAUGAAGUGAUGAG